GGGUUCCUUUCCGACGCUUCGUUGUCUUCGACGUUUUUUCAAGUGCAUUUAUUUGUCAAGUAGCCAGAGAUGCAAUUUAUUGUGGCUAAGGGUCCUGGGAGUUGUAGUCCAAUAGUUUCCGGAGAGACGGCGCUGGCAACCCCGGCUGCUGCCUGUCUUUAUGGUCGGGGUGUGAUGACGUACCACGGAAAAGCUCCACGCUUCGUGAGGGGAAAGGACGGACUGCGCCUGCGCAGCUGAAACGGGAGGAGGGGGUGUGGUGGUGGUGGUGUGCUUUGCGCCUGCGCCGAGAGAGUGAGCGCUUGCGGCUUGAGUCUCUUAUCCAGAUUUCCAGGCCAGAAAGACGUUAUGACCGUGAACACAACAUCACUCUGUUUCAGAAACAAAGCCAUUUUGGCUCCCAUGGUGCGAGUUGGAACCCUUCCAAUGAGGUUGCUGGCUUUAGAUUGUGGUGCUGACAUUGUAUACUGUGAGGAGCUGAUUGACAUAAAGAUGCUUCAGUGCAAGAGAAUUGUAAAUGAAGUGCUUGGCACAGUGGACUUUGUUGCUCCUAAUGAGAGGGUUGUGUUCAGGACCUGUGAGCGGGAAAAGAACAGUGUUGUCUUUCAGAUGGGAACAGCAGAUGCUGAGAGAGCCCUGGCAGUAGCCAAGCUUGUAGAGAAUGACGUAGCGGGGAUUGAUAUCAACAUGGGAUGCCCCAAAGAAUAUUCCACUAAGGCAGGUAUGGGAGCAGCACUCCUGUCUGAACCUGACAAAAUAGAAUCGAUUCUGACAACACUCGUCAAAGGGAUUUGUAAGCCGGUGACCUGCAAGAUCCGGAUCUUAGCAUCAAAUGAAGAAACGAUAAGUCUAGUAAAGAAGAUUGAGAAAACUGGAGUUGCUGCCAUUGCAGUUCAUGGGAGGAAGAAAGAGGAGAGGCCUCAGCAUUCUGUCCAUUGUGAUGUGAUCAAAGCCAUCUCUGAGGCAGUCUCUGUUCCGGUAAUAGCCAACGGAGGCUCUUACGACUUCAUUAAGGAAUAUUCUGACAUUGAGGUCUUCCGGCAAGCGACAGCAGCGUCUUCUGUAAUGGUCGCUCGCGCUGCCAUGUGGAACCCCUCUGUCUUCAGGAAAGAAGGUCCAUGGGCCCUGAAGGAUGUCGUGCAGGAAUAUCUCAAAUAUGCAGUGAGAUACGAUAACCAUUACAGCAACACCAAAUACUGUUUGUGCCAGAUGUUAAGGGAACAGUUAGAAAAUGCACAAGGCAAGAAGCUGCAUGCCACGCAAUCCAUGCAAGAAAUCUGCGAAGUCUUCGAAAUGAGCAGCUUCUACAAAGAAACAUCAGCUCUUCUGGAGGCUAAAAGAGCUUCAUUAGAAGCAAAAGACCAAGGUGAAGAUGAUUCCACGGAAGACGCAGAUGUCAUAAAAAUGGCAGUUAGGUUUGACAAACGAGAGUAUCCCCCGCAGAUUACACCCAAAAUGUGUCUUUUGGAAUGGUGUCGGAAAGAGAAACACCCCCAGCCUGUUUACGAAACGGUUGAAAGGCCGCUGGAUAGACUCUUCCGCUCUGUUGUCACAGUAGCAGAACAAAAGUACAGAUCGACCAUAUGGGAAAAGUCAAAGAAGUUAGCGGAACAAGCUGCAGCGAUUGCCUGUUUAAGGACCCUUAACCUCCCGGAGGGGAAGCGGAGCGAAGAAGCAAAUCACCUGGUAAACAAACGCAAGAGGCCAGAUCAGGAACUUUUGAACAAUGGAGAACAUGGCAACGAUCAUGUAAUGGAGGCUACUUGCAAGAAACCUCAUUUUAUGCCAGGAGCUUCUGACGCCAGUGUUUUAUGAGUGCCCCAAGAGCAUGGAAGUUGACAUUGCACAACUAUGCACCUGUGUUGACUCCCCCCGCCAAUAAUUUCCCUUUCAUUUUGCCCGGAUGCAGUCCAGUGGAACUGGUAUAGCGGGAUCUUCACUCCGCUUUCCGAGGAACGAGAAGACUGGCUCAGCCGUAAAUCCUCUUUAGAGCAAAAUGUAUUUGAAUGUGGAUGGGUGAUCAGUGAAUGCACAUUUCUACAAUGGACCUGGAAUUUUCUGGAUGGAAACUGGCUGCUUACUUGGCAGGCUCCAAACGUACACUUUUAUUAUUUGUCAAUAGAUCUGUCUGGCAAGGCAUCUGUGGGACAGCCCACAUAAUUGGCAUUCGGGGAGGAGGAGCCUCUUGACCGAUUUCAGGAGCUCUGCGCUGUCCCAAUUUUCAAUCAUACGUCGACUAAAAACAAGGUCAGAAGUGGGGAGCUUGAUUGAAAGCGAAGCCCCAGUUGGGUAGGACGUGCCAUGGGUACACCCUGCCCAGAUCCCCUCUCCAGCCUUGGAAUGAGGUAGGAAGGAAAACCAUCCUACCCACCUGGAGCUUGAUGGGCAUGCAAGCUUUCCGCCUCUGACCUUGCUUUUAUCUAACACACAAUCAAAUGCCAAGAGUUUGCACAGUUACAGAUUAGGGGAGCAAGGGCCAAUGGUGUCAACACCGGAACUGCCCUUGGGACAAAACUGAGCAGUAGCCUAAAUGACAUCUAAUGUCUGAUGUUCAGUUGCAAGCUGGUGAUAAUCCGCUCCCAAACACACACACAAAUGUGUCGCUAUACAAUAGUUCCACCUUCCAUUUAACAGCCUCUGUAAAAUGAUGGCACUCUGAACCUGUUUAAAAUAUUUGACCUCUUGUAAUGGUCUGUCUUCUGUGCCCAAUGAUAAACCAUCAUAUCUUGUCUCCUAAA